AUGUCCCGAGGAAUGUGCCCACGCGUGAACUCUUGCGGAUCCGUUUGGAUUUUGUCUGCGCUCCUAUUUGCCGUGAAUGUGAUCGACGUGGAUGCGUACAGCUGCCAUGAGGUGCGGACCGCGUUCCAGCUGCGGCAGGUCGGGCCGCUGCACCGCGUCCCGGAGACACCUGGCACAGAUGUGGACCUGUUGAUUUGCAAGCACCAGGGGCCAUCGUGCUGCACCAGGAAAAUGGAAGAGAGCUACCAGUUUGCUGUAAAACGAGAAACCCUUCACAACAUUCACUCCUACAGUUAUGAGCUUGAACAUCUCAUCUCCGGCCACUCAGAUGCCUUCCAGGACAUGUUCCAGUACCUGCUAUCUUUCUCUCAGGGACACCUGAGUUCUCUGUUGGAGGGAACUUAUCCCUCCCUGUCCCGCCAAACCUUACCCCAUGUAAAUCAACUCUUCUCCUCCCUCUCCCUCUACCUCCGUGGGGCCAACGUUUCAGUGGAGGCUGCGGUUCAGCAAUUCUACAACAACCUUUUCCCACUCGUCUACACACGACUCAUCAAUCCAGGUGUCGAAGGCAGCAUGACAGCGGGCAGUGAGAUGGGCGACUGUCUCCGUAUGAUCAGGCAGGAUGUCAACCCCUUUGGGCCUCAUCCAGCCGUCAUGGCGCAGGAGCUGGCCGGGGCACUGGGAGCAGGGCGGCAACUGGGGCUGGCGCUGGAGGAAGGCGUGGAGGUGAUGAACGCCACCGAACACAUCAUCCUGAGCAAAGAGUGCAUGAAGGGCCUCGUGAAGAUGGUGUACUGCUCCCACUGCAGAGGCCUGACGCUUAUCAAGCCCUGUGUUGGAUACUGUCUGAACGUGAUGAGAGGCUGCUUGGCCAGCGUGUCAGAGCUGGAUCAGCCUUGGAGGAGGUAUAGCAGUUUAUUGGAGCAACUCACCCACGCCAUGGCCGGGCACCACAGCCUGGAACUGGCCCUGCUGGAGGUCAGGGGUCGCGUUCACAAGGCCCUGCUGUACGCACAGCUUCAUGGUCCAAUCAUCACCGCCACAGUGGACAAGGUGUGUGGCCUGACUACUGUGGAACCUGCAGGCAUGCAGCCUACUAGCCCCGAGGUCACGACCUCAACCGUGACCUCAUCGUCUCCUCUUCCAUCUGCCGCUCCCUCCCAACCUCUACCAGAGCAGUGGCAGAGGCAGCUCUCCCACUUGAUGAGCUCGUUCCCCCUGAAACCCUCCAAGAACAAUAAACAUAGUCUGAGAACGCUCUCUAGGGAAUUCUUGAUGUACCUGCAGCGCUACAAGUCUUUCUUUGCAGCGUUGCCGGAGAUGCUGUGCGAGGGGGAGAACGUAGUGGACGACUCCACGUGCUGGAGCGGAGAUGAUGUGGUAGAGAGCUAUUCUGGCAGAGUUGUUGGAAACGGUCUGCACGCUCAGAGGCAAAACCCGGAGGUCAAAGUUCGCAGUGUUGACCCUUCACUGGCAGAGGUCAAGGAGAGGUUGGAUCGCUUCAACCAGGAGACCCAGGAGAGGUUUCCAAAACUGGACCAGGUGGAGGACUGGGACGAGCUGGGCAGUGGGAAGUCGGAGGGCAGCUCCACAGGCUGUGAUGACGAAGAUGGAUGUCAAGCCUCAGGAGACGGUGAAGACAAUAUCUCACAUACAGACACCGCCAGUGAGAGGAGGCCCGUCGGCAGACAGCCUGGAGGAGACAGGCCGCACGAGAACCCUUCCAGGCCCCCCUCGGUGAAGGUGAGAGGGGGUUCGCCGUCUGCCAGCUGGGCACGACCCUGGAGCCUUGCACUGCUCCCUGCUGCCCUUUGCCUGCAGUGGACCCUGUUCUGA